GGUGUCAUGCGCAUACGUCAGAACAGUUUGUGAAAACCUGCGCCAUGGCAAAGCGGGGCUCCAAACUCCUUGCACUGGCCUUGUCCAUUCUGGUGGCUAGGUCUUUUGUUGCUCUGGUUGAGACACCCCAAGUGCACCUAGGCAAUAGGCAUAAGCCCCCAAGCAGAACCACGAGGACAGCAGUCGACUUUGCGAAAGUGGCGCAAUAUCUCGAGCCAUUCGUCACUGUGAUUGAGAUAACACUGAAGGACGUCUGGCAGGGAGCUCUGGAUGCAAACAACAACCUUCGUUUGAUUUCGAACCAGACAGCUUUGGUUGACAUCAAGGAGGCCCAAGCACACGCAGAAUGCCUUGCACAGACCUUGGUGGAGAGCGCCUCUACAUCAGAGAAAGCCCGCAACAUCUUCUUGCCGAACAUCUCGUUGCCACUCAUCCCCGUGAAUGGCACAGAGUUUCAGCAUUUGGUGAGCAAUGUGCUAUCGGAUUUGACCUUGACCGGCGUCUCUUCGAUUCAUGCUGAACCUGGAGUGGGCAAGUCAGUCGCUGUCACUUUGGCCAUACUGGGAUGGGCUAAAGGCAAUCCAAAGUCCAUCACUGUUUUGAUACGAGGAAACCUGCAACUGCUCGAAGAUUUCUUUCGAGUUAGCAAGGAAGCCUACGUGCCAGCUGUUGCAGAAAACCUUUUUCGAAUCUUGUCCGACGAGGGAGUUCGCUUGCAAUUGGUUCUUGACAACGUCUUUGACAAGAAACUCGGUGAGCGUGGGGAGAUGUUGAUGAGCCUUGCCCGCGCCGCCUUCAAAUAUGGACAAGUUGUGGUCGUCACGCAGUCGCGUGAAGUCGCUGAGGAAAUCGGUUUGCUGAAUGGGGCACGAACACGUGUAUCGCCACACCAGAAGUGCAAUGCAAGCGACUACAGGUGGAAUGAGAUGCAGGCAUCCACACUCCUCCUGAAUUUGAAUGCAACUGCAAAGCUGAACAGAUCCAUGAAGGAAUCGGAGGACAUAGUCCAAAGAGCCUUAACUGAAUCCUUCGAAAAGUUCAAGCAGGAUGGGGCUUGGGUGCAGGAGAAUUUGGAAGGGGCAAGGAUGCCUGACGGUGGAUGGAAGCCAGUGGAUAUCGAGCAAUUUCUGAUUUCAGGCAUCAAACCAGUCUUGGUCCCAGCGGUUGCAGGUACAACCUCUCCAACCCAGACCAAAGCUGUUUGGGUGAGGCAACUGCAGAAGGAC